UACCCUUAAUUUCCUGUCACACAUCAGAACAGGAAACGGGAGGGAAAUCUUUAAUCAAUAAAAAAAAUGGCAAAUUAUGCGGCCACCCUAUUUCUGGCCUCGGCCCUCUUUUUCUUGGCCAUGGCCAGCUCCGCCCAUGGCCACGGUGGCCGCAAAAUACAACCAGAAUUUCAAGUCAAUGGAAAAGUCUAUUGUGACCCUUGUCGCUUACAAUUCCUCACUAGGGUUAGCCGACCUCUUAUUGGUGCUGUGGUGAAACUAAGUUGUAGGAACCGAGUGAACGGGACCUUGACAUUCCAAGUGAUGGGUAAGACCGAUUUCAACGGUAUGUAUAACCUAAAAGUGAAUGGAGAACAUGAAAAAGACAUAUGUGAGGUGGUCCCAGUGCGGAGCCCUGACCCACAUUGCAGAUCCGUCAUGGACCAUGUGGGAAAGGCUAGGGUCAGUCUCACCCUCAAUAGUGGCAUCAGUUCUUCAGUUCGAUAUGUCAGUCCCAUCGGUUACAUGAACUUCAAAGCCAUUACUCAAUGCCCUCUAGUUUUCUCCGAACUCGGCUUCGUCCCCCGUAUUUUUUAA